AACCAGAAUUUUUCACAACACAAAAGGGCACACGGACAACAUACCCUGGAGUCUCCACACCACCACCAAGUACAAUCCUGCCACUAAACCCCAUCCACUCCCUUAUCAUCGUUUCCCUCCCUCUCCUUCCCCUCUUCCGUUCGUUCUCAGGCCCCCCUCUCUCUGCCUGCCAUGGCAAAUGCUUCUCUCCAAUCCUUCCUUCUUCAGCACCACCAAUCUUUCCACAACAACAGCACCCAUGAAGGCCCCUCUUCUGUAAUCCUCAAGCUCACCUCCAGCACCAGCAUUUCCUUCAAGCUCUUCUCCAGCACCUCCUCCUCGGUGAGCACAGCAUCAACCGCCAACACAUCAGCGCCAACUCCAGUCGCUGCUGCCGCCGCAACAACCUCACCCCCUACGCCCUCCCUGGAGCUCCUAGGCCAGCAGCUUGCGGACGGAGAUUAUCGCCAAGCUGACGAGACCACCCGCGCACUCCUCAUCCACCUCGCGGGCGAGCCUGCACGUCGUCGAGGGUAUGUUUUCUUCUCGGAGGUCCAAUUUAUCUCCGUGGAGGACCUCCGUGCCAUUGAUAUGCUCUGGCUGGAGCAUAGCAACCGCAAGUUUGGAUACAGCGUACAGCGACGGCUUUGGGAGAAGUCGCUGCGUGACUACACCCGCUUCUUUAUCAAGGUUGGCUGGAUGAAGAAGCUGGACACUGAAGUGGAGCAGUUCAACUACAGGGCCUUCCCUGAUGAGUUCAUAUGGGAGCUGAAUGAUGACACCCCAGAGGGCCAUCUGCCUCUCACCAAUGCCCUCAGAGGAACACGGCUCCUAGGCAACAUAUUCACUCACCCUGCCUUUGAGUGUGAAGAAGAGGAAGCAGCAGGAGAGGAGAAUGAGACAGGUACUACCACUGGUCAGAAUAAGGAUGACAUCAAAGGGAGGGGGAGGCCAAAGAUUAUAACAGAUUUCAAGCCUGACUACUCCUUUUAAGGACAGCAAACCUCGUGGAAGUUUGUGAUGCAGAGAUGUUGUCAUGGUGCGAUUGAUUUAAAAAGUCAUGUGUCUGUAGUUCCUUUUGGUUGCGUUUGUACUAAACAUGCAUGGAAAUUUGUGACAGAAUAUUAUAAAGAUAAUUGUUCGAGAA